ACUCGUGUCAGGACUCAAACUGAUGUCAUGUUAAGUAUUAACAUCAAGCUGCUUAGACAUUUGUCCAAAGCGGUGCAUCUUCAGCAUGAGUGGGUCGUCUCCACCUCCGCUGAAAAGGAAAAGCUACAUGGGCCAACACCAGAUCAAGAAGAAAAUGAGCCUCCAAGCUCCCGAUGAUCCACCAGACAGAGACAGCCUGCCGAGGAAGAGCCGCGAUCUGUCAGACAAAACAAACACAUCAGAGAACAUCAACAGAGACAGACUCAUGGGUGGAGGGGCAGUGUUUCUACUUGGGGAAUCCACAUUAGCUCUUGAUGAAGAGAUGCUACAGGUGCUGGAUGCUGCAGAUGCUGUGAAGCCUGCAGCUGACAGAGCCCGUCCAGCAACAGUAAACAGAGACGCACAGGAACAACCACCAGUUGCAGACAGUAAGAGGGAGAAUGACUUGGUGCUACAAGAGAGAGUCUGUAGGCGAAAUGGUGACUGUAAGAGACCAGGAUGGAGCGCUGACUGUGAAGACCUGGCUCAGCGGCUUCUCUUCAGUGAGGACGCGGGGGAAUCAGAGAAUGCGCAGAGGGAUCUAAAGAACGGCCAGUCAGUGCCAGCUUCUGCCUGCGUCAGUGGCUCCACCAGUAGGCAGAAGAAUGCAUCCAGAAGAAAUAGCUCGGCUCGUAGUGAAGACAAAAAUGGGCAAAAUGUGAAUGCUGAUGUACCUAUGGAUGUAUCCAGAGACUAUAUCUUAUUCAGUCCUACACGCCUGGCAGCUGCCAUGAAGAAAUCUAAACUCCAGAAUGAGUCCACCUCUGUGCUCACAGUGCCCAGUGGCUUAGACCUCAGUACUCUCAGUGACACAGCACCUCAGCCAGGCAUUGCCUUGUGUGCUCCUGAAGAGCAUGCUGAAAAGCUUUUGUUAUCCAGUUGGGGUUUACCAAAACCUAUUUUGGAACGCUACCAGAAACACAGAGUGACUCACAUGUUUGAAUGGCAGGCUCAGUGCCUCACUGUUGGACAGGUACUGCAGGGAGGAAACCUGGUAUACUCUGCACCUACUAGUGCUGGAAAAACUCUGGUGUCAGAGCUGCUGAUGUUGAAGCGUGUAUUGGAGACCAAAAGAAAAGCUCUCUUUAUUCUGCCUUUUGUCUCUGUGGCCAAAGAGAAGAUGCACUACCUGCAGAAUGUAUUUGAAGAGGCAGGAGUCCGUGUGGAGGGAUACAUGGGCAGCACCUCGGCUGCUGGAGGUUUCGCGACGCUGGAUGUCGCUGUUUGCACCAUAGAAAAAGCCAACUCUCUCAUUAACAGACUAAUAGAGGAGGACAGUAUGGAUCUACUAGGUAUGGUUGUGGUGGAUGAGCUGCAUAUGGUUGGAGAUUCUGGAAGAGGAUACCUGCUAGAACUGCUCUUAACCAAAAUCCGCUACAUCGCACAGAAGCGGAACACCUCUGGGUCCCUUUCUGAUGGUGUGCAGAUAAUAGGUAUGAGUGCCACAUUGCCUAACCUGUCCCUCCUGGCCAGCUGGUUAGGUGCACAGCUUUACCAGACAGACUACAGACCGGUGCCUUUGCAUGAGCAUCUCAAGGUGGCACACAGCAUAUACGACAGGAGCCUCUCAGUGGUUCGUCAGUUCACUCCUGCUCUCCAUGUUAAGGGUGAUGAUGACAACAUAGUGAGCUUGUGUUAUGAGACGGUGAGGGAGGGCCACUCUGUGUUGCUUUUCUGCCCCUCGAAGAACUGGUGUGAGAAACUUGCAGACGGCAUCGCCAGAGAAUUUUACAACCUCAAACAUGCAGAUCACCAGGGAGAAGCAGAGCCCCAGCCAGUGUGUCUGGAUCAGGAGGGACUAGUGGAUGUCAUAGCCCAGUUGAGACGAACUCCAGCUGGUUUAGAUCCCAUCCUCCAGCGCACUGUGCCAUGGGGGGUGGCCUUCCACCACGCUGGUUUGACAUUUGAUGAGCGCGAUGUGUUGGAGGGAGCUUUUCGUCAAGGCAUGGUGAGGGUCCUGGCUGCCACCUCUACUCUCUCUUCAGGCGUUAAUCUCCCAGCCCGCAGGGUCAUCAUUCGAACCCCAAUGUUCAAUGGCCACUUGUUGGAUCCGCUCACGUACAAACAGAUGGUUGGAAGAGCAGGGAGAAAAGGAGUGGACACUACAGGUGAAAGUGUGCUGGUGUGUAAGGAGAUAGAGCGUCAGAAAGGUAUCAGCCUCCUUCAAGGUGCCCUUCAACCAAUCAGCAGCUGCCUGGUGAGAAGGGAGGGAGAAGGUGUCACUACCAGCAUGCUGCGAGCCAUACUGGAGAUCAUCGUUGGAGGUGUUGCCAGCACUCCACAGGAUGUGAAGUUGUAUGCUUCAUGUUCACUACUGGCUGCCAGCAUGAAAUGCAAUGACAAAGAAAAGGCAAAUGAAGAGACCAGCAGGGGGGCUAUUGAGACCUCUGUUGAAUGGUUGAUGGAGAAUGAAUUUAUCAGUAUCCAAAAGGAAGGACAAGAUGAGCAGUACUGUCCCACUCAACUUGGUGCUGCUACCCUGUCUUCCUCCCUGUCCCCUCCUGAGGCUCUGGGAAUAUUUGCAGAUCUCCAGCGGGCUAUGAAGGGCUUUGUACUGGAAAAUGACUUACACAUUCUGUAUUUGAUCACACCCCUUUACGCGGAAUGGACUACCAUCGAUUGGUAUCAGUUCUUCUGUCUAUGGGAGCAGCUCUCAUCAUCAAUGAAGAGAGUGGCGGAGUUGGUUGGCGUUCAGGAGGGUUAUCUUGCUCGGUCUGUCAACGGCAAACCUGUCAGUAAGACGGAGAAGCAGCGUAGACAAAUGGCUAUUCAUAAACGGUUCUUCACUACUCUUGUACUACAGGACCUGGUGAAUGAGGUACCUUUGCGAACAGUAGCAUCCAAGUACAACUGCAAUCGUGGGCAGUUACAGUCUCUCCAGCAAUCUGCUUCUACAUAUGCAGGUAUGGUCACAGUGUUCUGCAAACGUUUGGGUUGGCACAACAUGGAGCUGCUGUUGUCUCAGUACCAGACCAGGCUGAGCUUUGGAAUCCAGAGGGAGCUGGUCGAUUUGGUCAGGGUUUCCCUCCUGAAUGCAACACGAGCCAGAGCACUCUACGCACAAGGUCUCUGCACUGUUGCUGAAUUAGCCAGGGCUACAGUAGCUGAUGUAGAGAAAGCCUUAAGGAAUGCUGUCCCAUUUAAGAGCUCUAAGCGUGCAGUGGAUGAGAGUGAGGUGGAAGCAGCUGAGCGGCGGAACCUCCGCUGUGUCUGGGUCACUGGUGGACGAGCUCUGACAGAAAAGGAGGCAGCCGUUGAGAUCGUGUCUGAGGCAAGGCUCCUCCUUCAGGAAGACCUGGCACAGCUAGGUAUUCAGUGGGACCCAACAACCCUUCCUCCCGGGGCUUCUGUGGUCACCAGCGCUGAUGACCAUCCCAGCAGUAACUCAGACAACUCAUAUGUCAGCUCCGAAGAAGCACAAACAGAUAGUACUACAAACCACCAAGGGUUUAAGAAAAGGAGAGAUAUUGGCAGGCGUAGAGAAGAGAGUAAGGAAGAAUCUAAAAGCGAGAAAACAAAAAGCAGAAAACCUGAAGCAGUGGGGGUAAAGAAAAAAUUGGAAGAGAGUAGCGUAUCAGACAGAGCACAACCAGGUAAUGAAGUUUUAGUGGAAAGAAUGACAGAAGCAAGUCAACAACAAAGGAAUACAAAAUCAUCAGAAAAGCAAGAUGAAAAAAGAGACAAAGAAAAGAGUGAGGAAUUAGAACAAAGAGGCCAAGAGGACAGAAAAGAAGUGCAGAAAGAAGGGGGUACAAGUAAAGUCUCAGUCAGACCAGAGGAUCAGCAAGGAAGUUGGCCCGUCCGUCCUGAAAGAAGCCUGACACAAGAAUUGGCAGAGAUUGUAUCUAGCCCCCUGCCUCAACACAAGCCACCUCCUCAGCCUUGUCCUUCCCCCAUAGCUCCUCCUCGGUUUAGAGCCCUGAUUUCCAGGGUAGAAGAACAACAAAGUGUCUCUACAAAGACAUCAAAAGUAGACAACACCACGGAUGCCUCACCUGUGCAACCAGGUAAACUGAAACAUUCAAGAGCCCUAAGCAAAGUCCUCCAUUCUAUACAAACUGACAAAAGCCUACAUGAUAAUGUAGAGACUGCGCAGACAUCACACUCACAUAACACUUGCACUUUUCCUGCUCUUGGCCCUGCACAACAAACUCCUUGCACUGUUUCUGCUCCAAGAAAUGAAGACAUGUCAGAUUCUCCUGCCUCAGCUCCCUUAAUCUCACCUGAGGCCAAGCGUAGAAGGAUUGAAGGCAGAGAGAUAGAUACGUUUUCAUCUCCUGAGCUGUACGGAGGAAAUGAGGAGGUUCAGGGAGAUAUGAAAAAGGGAGAAGAGAGUUUUGGUGAGAGCUUUGAAUUGGACACUCAGACAGAAAGAAUCAUUUUUCAACAGGCGGAUCAACCCAGAGAUGGGAAUGAGAGAAGUAUGAAUGAGUCAGUAGAAACUGAAAAGAUAAAAGAGGAUGAAGUGGUGGAAGCAGCUGCAGUGCAAGAGGGAGACGCAGAUGAGAGAAGAAACAAGCUGGAAGCUCCCGAUGACGCUUGUACCAGAUUCAGUAUUUCUCUUACAGAUAGCCAGAUGGAGCUCAUCCUAAACACCAGCCACCAGAUUCCUCCUGAUCCAGGUGGUGUUGAUAACAUGGAUGUAGAUAAAGAUGAAGUUGGCGAUGAUGAUGAAGUGCCCGUUGCCAAUCAGGCUGCUUCUGAGAGUCCUAACAGAAGCAGUAGCUUCCUGUUCGACAGCCUGUACGACAGCUCUCUGCUGGCUGCUCUGAGUCCACAUCAGAUGGACCAAUCAGACGAGGAGGAAUGUGGCCAGGAGGUCAGAGUCGAACGUCCCUGUUCGUCAACCCAGGAGCGACGGCACAGCGAGCUCCUUGCCAACCAGGAGGCAGAAAAGCAGGAGGCAAUCCAAUGGGGCGAGUCCUUCUUCAACCUGUCUGAGUGGGGUGACUCACUGCUUGUGGGUGAACACUUUCUGGAGAGGCAGAGUGUGCUCAGACAUACGGAGAGAAAUCAAAAAGAGCAAGAAGCCAGCCAUCAUGAAGCUGAACAACCCAACACAGACGAGCUGUCGAAUUCACAAUCUGAACUUGGUCAGAUACAGCUAAAACCUACAACUACUACUCCUAAAGCAUCUACCACAAUUCAAAAUGAGUAUAACAUGGGUAAAGCCAGUAAUAAUCCAGCCCCUACACACAGAAGCAAAGAGGGUAGAAAUGAGAAAUACUUAGAGAAUAAAAGAAAGGAAGAGAAGGAGGAGGAAGAGAAAAUUAAUACUUUACUGUCAGAUAAUGCAGUUUUAAAACAUCCUACUUUCCAAAAUGCACCUGAAAGUACUCUUUUUUGCAGCCCUGGCCUACAAGAGAUCUUUGACCUCUGGCCUAGUAUGUCUGACCAGCCCUGGCAAAACACUACAACAGGCCUCACAGGCAAACACACUCAGACUGCUGCUGCAGCAGAAGCUCCAAAAAUACUGCAGUCCUCGAAACAGGUGAACAGAAAAAGAGGAAAUCUGAAUGUGCAGGUCGCUGCUGCUGAGAGUGGUUCUCAAAAACCCUCAAGACAUGACAGUGAGAAUGUAACAGAGAGACCAGGCUUUGCUGGUGAUCUUAUCCCCCCUACUCAGGAAACCCCACCUGUCACACCAAGAAUAAAACUGACCACCUCGUCUGUCCAGUCGCCUCUCAUUGCUCAUCCUCUCAACCAGUCGACUCCCUCCACCCUCCUGCCAGGGAAACCAGCAGCUCCUAAAACUGCAUGUUCUAAAACUCGCCCAGGAUACAGUAAUAAGCAGUCCAGAGCUAUUGACCACAAACACCAGCUGGGACACAACCCCAAGACACUACCUGAAUCUGAGCAGCACACCAAAGUAAACCCAACUUUAAAAUCCAAACCCCUGCCACACUACGACCAGAACCUCAGCCCUCCACAAGACUGUGCUUCUCCACCGCCUCCUCAGCGAAAGCCCCUUUCUGAUACAGAGUCACCUGUGACUGAUGAAGGCUUUAGUCUUCAGCUGUCCCAGGAUGCAUCACUCUGUUCCAGCAAUUCUGGGAACUUCUCUAUCAUAGACGUGGCAAGUGACAGGUGCCUUUUCCACACUUUCAUUAAUGAGUGGAAAACAAAGGAUCGGUACUCGCUGGUUUUGGCCUGUGAAAAGAAGGAGCACAGGCAGCAGCCUGAGGAGGAAAUAGGAGGGAAACAUAAGAGAGUGUCAGCAGCUCAUCAGAAGCUUCACACAGCUGAUGGUUUUCCAGUAAGAGGUAGUGAGGGAUUGGUGCUGAUUGGGAUGGCUGUCUGCUGGGGAGCAAGAGAUGCUUACUACAUAUCCCUGCAGCAAGAGCAGAGCAAAGGUUUGAGCUCUAGUCUGGCCCCUCCUCCACUGGAUGGAGAUCUGCCAGUGAGUGAGAGGCUGGGGCAGGUGAAGGCCUGUCUGAGCAGGCUGUCAGCUGGUCAUGGAGGGGGUGUGGUUGUCACGUAUGACAUCAUCCAGUUGUACAAGACUCUAGUGCUUAGCUGUGGCAUCAGCUUGGAGGGUAACUGCGAGGACCCCAAGGUGGCGUGCUGGCUGAUGGACCCUGGCAGUGAGGAGAGGACUCUAACCAACAUGGUGACGGUCUACUGUCCUGAGGAAUUACCUCUGUUAGACGGACUUGGGAAUGCACACGCACACUGUCCCCGUGUCAGGGCAGCGACCAAGAGUGUGCUCAAAUAUGCUGUCAUGAACCAUCUCACUGGACUGCUUGAGAAAGACGGCAUGCUCGAGUCUUUCAGGAACAUUGAGAUGCCCUCCCAGGUGUGUCUGGCUCUGCUGGAACUGAACGGUGUGGGCUUCAGUGUUAAAGAGUGUGAAAGGCAAAAACAUGUGAUGCAAGCCAAACUCACAGCGCUGGAAUCUCAGGCUUACAAUCUGGCUGGACAUGGCUUCUCCCUGACCAGCAUUGACGACAUAGCACAGAUUUUGUUCUUAGAGCUCCACCUGCCUCCAAAUGGAGACGUGAGUGGAUCGAAAAGUAAGAAGACUCUAGGCUACACCCGGAGAGGUGGCGGCAGAGUACGACUUGGAAAGCAGUUCAGCACCACAAAGGAUGUUCUGGAGAAGCUUCGACCACUGCACCCGUUGCCGGGGGUGAUUCUAGAGUGGAGGAGGAUCACCAACGCUCUGACUAAAGUGGUGUUUCCCCUGCAAAGGGAGAAGCAAUACCACCCCGCACUGGACAUGGACAGAAUAUACCCCAUUGCUCAAACACACACAGCUACAGGUCGAGUAAGCUUCACUGAGCCCAACAUACAGAAUGUCCCCAAAGACUUUGAGAUUCACAUGCCCACAGUGGUGGGUGAGAGCCCACCUUCACAAGAUGACGGCCGCAUGACCACCAAAGCAGGAAAGAAAAGACACUCUGUGGUGCCUUCAGUUCCAGCUGGAGGAGCAGAACAAGGCCUGGCCUUCUCUGUCAGCAUGAGACACGCCUUUGUACCUUUUUCAGGUGGAAUGAUAUUAGCAGCUGAUUAUUCCCAGCUGGAGUUGAGAGUGUUGGCUCAUCUCUCCAAGGAUCAACGUCUGCUGCAGGUGCUGAAUGGAGGAGCAGAUGUGUUUCGCUGCAUCGCUGCUGAGUGGAAGAGUGUUGACCCCGAGACUGUGAACGACAGCCUUAGACAACAGGCAAAACAGAUUUGCUAUGGCAUUAUUUAUGGAAUGGGAGCCAAGUCUUUGGGGGAGCAGAUGGGAGUGGAGGAGAAUGAUGCAGCCUGCUACAUAGAGAGUUUCAAGGCCAGAUACAAAGGGAUCAACCAUUUUCUCAGAGAGACAGUGAAGGGCUGUAUAAAGAAUGGCUACGUUUGUACCCUGAUGGGCCGGCGGAGAUACCUACCUGGAAUCACUAACACCAACACACACAUCAAAGCACAUGCCGAGCGCCAGGCAGUGAACACGGCUGUACAGGGCUCAGCAGCAGACAUUGUUAAACUUGCCACUGUGAACAUCCAGAAACGACUACAGAAAACAUACCCUGCAGCUCCACAGUCUCACCAGCACACACGCCCAGCCAGUCAUCACCGCAGGGCUGCGUCGUCUCAUCUGAGAGGAGCGUACUUUGUCCUGCAGCUGCAUGAUGAACUUAUCUAUGAAACUGCAGAGGAAGACCUCAUACAGGUUGCCCAGAUUGUCAAGAGUGAGAUGGAGUCAGCAGUGAAACUGUAUGUGAAGCUAAAGGCUAAAGUCAAGGUGGGACCCAGCUGGGGUAACAUGCAGGACCUCGAUAUAUAAUGUUUUAGUGUUUAGUGUGAAAUGAAAUGCCAUGCAGUCAUUGCUUUAGGCUCUGUGAUAUGUAAAUACAAUCAUUUGAGUAUUUUAAAACUACUAUUUGAAAAAUAAUGAAAUGUAAGAUAAAAAGAAUAUAAUUGCACUAAAUGAACUUUAUAUAUACAUGGAAUGUAUUUAUAAUUAAAUGUUUUGUGUACAGUGUCAAAUUAUACUUGUAAAAAAGAGAUGAAUUUUCUUUUACUGGUGUCCCAAUACUUGUUAUAAAUGAGACUUUGUGUAUGAUGAUACCCGGUGUAAUAAAAACAGAAUA